CCAGCCCCCCCACCCCAGUCCCCGCGCGUCAUGAGCAGACACGCAGCGGGACCCGCUCAUGACAUGAGCGCAGAUCCUCUCCUCCUCAGCCUGGCGCAAGCGGCGCGCGCGCGUGAACGCUGGAGGUCUGGCACUGCACGCACGUGCGCGCGCAGAGGCUGCCCCUGCUCUCCGUUGCGCUCCUCACUCCGGCGCAUUCCUCCGAGGCUUCUCCUUCCUGCGCGCCGGAAUAAGCGUCAGCCGCGCGGACAGAGUUGGUUCGGUUCGGUGAAUGUGUCGACCUCCCGCGCGCCUCCCUGCAGCGCGCACAGCGGAGCUGCUGGACCAGGAGCCGUGCCGCUUCUGUCCGUCUUAACACGCAGCAGGAUGGCUCCCCCCGGGAUGGUUCUCCUCCUUCUCCUGGCAGGUGUGCUGCCGUCCUCGGGACACAUGUUUCCUUUCCCUCCGUCCGCCUCAGACUGCGUGGAAGCUCAUCGAGUUUGCUUGGCUGACCCCCAGUGCGUGGCGUUGUACCGAGGUCUGGAGCUGUGUGCGGCCGACGCGGCCCUCUCCCCGCUGGGGGAGCAGGUGGCGUCGGAGUGUCUGGAGCGACAGGACGCCCUGCUGGCCAAACAUCCGUCCCUGCUGACCUGCAAGUGUCAGCGAGGGUCGCGCAAGGAGGAGCGCUGCCUGCGUAUUUACUGGAGGGUUCGCCUGCUGCCAGGGAAUGAAGAGCUGGAAGUUUCUCCGUAUGAUGACACAUUGAUUGAGUCUCACUUGGCGUCGUUGGUUGCAGCUUCUUCCUUCUUGCAGCUGGAUGGGGAAAACCAGUGCCUCAAGGCGGCGCAGGACUGCGGUCUCUUUGAGAAGUGUGGUUCUCUGCGAUCUGAGUAUGUUCUGGCCUGCACCAAGCCUCACUCCAGCACCAACCGAUGCAACCAAAAUAAGUGCCAUCGGCUCCUGCGGCGGUUCCUAGAGCGGGUGCCUGAGGAGUACAGCCUGGGGUUACUGUUCUGCCCCUGCACCAAUGCUCUGUGUGGCGAGCGAAGAAGAAAGACCAUCGUGCCGUCCUGUUCUUAUCAGAUCGCGGACAGCGUGCAGCCAAACUGCCUCCACCAGCAGAGCUUCUGUCGCCAUGAAGACACCUGCAGGUCCAGGCUGGCGGAUUUUAUCAGCAACUGUCAGCCGUCUCAUCAGACAGCCAGUGGCUGCCUGAAGGACUCCACGGGCCUCUGUCUGCGAGCCUACGCUGGACUCAUCGGAACCAUAAUGACGCCCAACUACAUCAGCAACAGCUCAGCUGACGUUUCUCUGUGGUGCAACUGUGAAGGGAGUGGGAACCAGUGGCCGGACUGCCUGAAGCUGCAGCGCCUCUUCACUGACAACAGAUGCCUGCGUAACGCCAUCAACAGGAUAGGAAGCCCCAGAUCGCCGGCAUCAGACACCACUCAGCUCCCUGCCCCCCGCCCAUCGCCGCUCGUUCAGGGGGACGAGCUGCAAAGCAGCAACCACCUGCCGGAGCUCAGCAACAAUGUGAUGGACAGUGAUGAAGAGGAGGACUUGACUCAGACACUGGAGGAGGAAGAGGAAGACAACAACCAGUUUAGUGUGAUCCUGUACUCAGAGGCCACUGUCUCCAGCCUGGGUGCCCCAGGGACAGGGGGUGCAGCAUCUCCAACCUCUGGCAGCGCCUCACCAGCUCUGCUGCUGGUUCUUCUGCUAUCCGCUUCACUUAACUGGGGGUAGAUCUGAUGAACAGUGUACACACACAUAAACACACACACACACAAUGACCUCACAUCCCUGGAUUUAAAAGUAGAAGAAUGAUAAUGAAGAAAUGGACUUCAUCUUUGUUUGUAACCCCCCUUCCCAAUUCUGUCUUCAUUGUCCCUUUUGUGAACAGCAAGCAGAGUCGUUCUGGUUUGUCUGGGAUGGGGGUGGGGAUGGGAUCUUUAUGAUUCUUGACUCCCAUGUAAAUAUGAACUUUGCUCCAUUUGGCUGAACUGAUGCAAGAGCAGCUGCAGCUGGAAAGAGGAAGGACAAUUCGUCUUCAUCAGCUAUCUUUAUUCCAGUCUCAUGUCACUCAGCGUCAGAAAGGAAAAGUGGAGUGACAAAGCGCGAGCAGGAGGAACGAGGGAAACGUUGACCGCUGCUUCAUUGCUGUCCAUGCUGCUGCCCUGAAAUGUGUGUAAAUUACCUAUUCAGGUGUGUGUGUUUCCAUGGUUACUCUCAUUUUGAUGAAACCUAGAAUUUAUGGAAACAGCUGUGUCAUGUUUAUUCUUAAAGAAAAACAGAAACACUAAAGACUGACUAGAAAAGAUUUUAAAAAAGAAUAAAAAAGCAUGAAAUGAAGAGUCUGUGAAACUGAGCGUUCAGUUCAGAGCAGUAGUCCUAAGUCAACUGUUCUGUUCAAACAUCAGUUUAUUCAAUGUCAACAUGGCUUCACUCUGCUACAUCAAUAAACAUGUCAACAUUCAACUGAAUCACAA